AACACCCAAGCGGAGCGACUUGCGAGCGAACGUCCUGAUCCUGUCGGAAACGGGACAGUAAAUGGAACUGUUUCCAUGGCAACGCUGGAGAACGGCGGAAGUGACGUCAUCCCUGAUCCUAGCAUGAAUGACGUCAUUAGCAGCGGUGACGUGUCCGAGGAGCUGCUGCCGGUGGUGGCCGGGCUGACGUCACCUCGCAAACACGUGCCGCACUGGUACCUGUACGACACCCGCGGGUCGGAACUGUACGAGACACUGGUACAUAACUCACGAACCUACAAACUGUGGGAGCACGAGUACAGUUUGCUAAAGACCCAUGGGGACGAGAUCUCUAGCAAGAUCUCGUCCCCAGCCGUUCUCGUGGAGCUCGGGAGUGGAGCUUCCUCGAAAACCCGCCUGAUUAUAGAGGCUAUGUUGAAGCGGCACGGAAACUUCACAUUUGUGCCAGUGGACAUAGCCAAGGAGUUUAUCGAGGACUGUGGGCGGGAGCUGGAGAGUGAGUACCCCGGGCUGAGUGUGGAGCCGUUCGGCGGACUGUACAUGGACGGGAUCCGGCACGUUGCGGCCCGACCUGAGGCCAAGAUGCUGUUGUUCCUUGGCAGCAGCUUCAGUAACGUCGCGAUCACGGACCAGCUGAAGAUGAUGACGGACAUCAGGAUGCAGCUUGGUGCUCAGGACAGGUUCGUACUAGGGCUGGACAUGAACACUGACCCAGAGGCCCUGUCCAAGGCAUACGAUGCCCAGUGGUCACCAUGGUUACGAGAUAACCUCAUCUGUCGUCUGAAUCAGGACUUUGGAGGAGACAUGAAGAAGGAGAAGUUCGAGUACAGCUUUGAUUUUGUGGAGAAUCCAGCGGACGGGGACACGCCCAGCUACAUUCAACUGUCACUCAGCAGUAAAGGCAACCAGCGGGUACACUUCGAAAAACCUUUGCUUGACAUUGACUUCCAAGAUGGCCAGAAGCUCUACCUGAGUGAAGGGCUGAACUACAGCUGCAAGUGGAACAUGAAGCAGCUGCGCCACCUAGCGAAGCGGAGUGGUUUCACAUUAGAAGCCCACUGGAUCAACAAUGAGAACACCUAUUGCAUCGUCUGCUUUUCUCCUGCAGACAACAUUACUACAUCAGCCUAGAGAUAGAA